AUGAGAAUCUUCGACCCGGAGCCCUACGAUAGCGACGAAGACUACGACAACACGUACUCUACAACUACAAGGACGGAGUCCAUGUCAACAACUCAGGAUUCACCAUCAUCUACAUCAUCCACUGUCGUCACGGAGUACCCCACGAGCGAGACAUCCACGACCAACGAGACGACGACGGCGACAGCCAGUAUGGGGAGCACCUCGGAGACGUCCAGCUCAACCACUACAACGGCGUCUCCGAGCACCGAAUCUGUGCCGUCUGGUGUCACUCUGCAAACUUCUACGGAACCAGUGACCAGUACCCUGAACGACUCCAGCUCGACAACUACACAGCCACCUGCGAGUGUGAAGCUGAUGCGGCUGGGCAAUGUCUCGGAGGAACAAUCCGAAGUCAGUACGACUGUCGCGUCGGAGAAGCCCAGCUCGGCAACGACAAGAGCGUUUCCCAGCUCAAGGUCAUCUACGGUUUCCAAAUCAACGCCGUCCAUAACCUCCAGCUCAACAUCGUCCACAACCCCCAGCUCAACGUCGUCUACAAUCCCCAGCAUCCCUCCUGAGCAAGUCCCUGCAACGUCCACGCCUAUCAACACCCCGGCUCCGAAGCAGGACUGGGCAAAGACCAAUGUCACGGUGUCUGACAUCUCAGAGCCCGGCCCCUCGACAUCCACCUCGACCGACAGGGCCCAACCCUCGUGGACCACCUCGCAGACCGAGAAGCUUCACCGUAACUCGGCCACCACGGCUACUACUACGAGUGGCCUCUCCGCCACGCACACAACCAUCGUCCGCACCCUGAGCCGCUGCGCGAUGGACGUGCCGGACUGUUCGUAUACCGUCACGGCGGAGACAAUGUCCCCAUACGCGACCGCGCCAUCGGUCAGCAAGUCGGACAAGACGAUUGACACGCCCUCAUCCGUAGUGAUGCCCACGCCCAAGGUCACCAUCGCCUCUGCCGUGCAUACGACCGAUGUCCGUGCCAUGACUGCCUGCGCGCCUGACGCGCCAGACUGCCCCUCAGAAGGGGGGUAUGCUGUCACGACGGAGACAGUGUCGCCGCACACAACGGCACACUCGGCUAACGAAACUGAAAUGGUGACCGAGACGCCCACCUCCGUCGCGGCUCUCACGACAAAGGUUACCACUUCUACCGUAUACUCUACCACGGUCCGCACCGUUCCCGUCACUAGCUGCCCGCCCCGAGUACAAAACUGCCCCUGGAGAGGGAAAUAUACCGUCACGACGGAGAAGAUCGCGCUGUACACGACCGUGUGCCCAAUCAGCGAGUCGCACACCGCAAUGGAGACGCUCAUUGCGCCCGUGGCGACGCCCACGCCAAAGCUCAUCACCACCACUACCACCACCUCUACCGUGUACACCACCGAGGUCCGCACUAUUACUCGCUGCCCGCCCGGCGUGGUGAAGUGUGCCGCGAGAGGCCGCGUCGUGGUAACGACGGAGACGAUCCCGCUGUAUACGACUAUAUGCUCCGUCGUUGUCGGCGAGGGAGAGAUGACGACGACGACGACGACGACGACGACGACUACGACUACGACUACGUCCGCGCCCGUGACGAUGUCGGCGCCAGAGAUGACUGCUUCUGCCGUGUUAUACACCACGACGACCCGGACCAUCACAAGCUGCGCGUCCGAGGUGCCCGACUGCCCCUGCAAGGAACAGGUCGUCACCGAGAGCAUCCCGCUGCAUACGGCUGUACGCCCCGUCAGCGAGGCAGAUGCGGAAACGACGUCCUCCAUGCCAGACACCACGUCCUCAUCCACCACCGCCACCAGCGGCACGGUCCGUACCUCCAUCCAGAGCUGCCCGCCCAAUGUCCCAAACUGUCCCGCGAGGGACCCCAUCGCCACCACCAUCAAGACGGUGCCUUUAGUACAUACGACCAUGUCACCUGUCGCCGCCGCCGCCGCCGCCGCCGCCGUUGCUGCCGCUCCCUUCGGGGCCGGCCCGGCACCACCCACGCCGCAAGUUGGCGCAUCUCGCGUGGGAGCCCACAUGUACCGCCCGCCCAGCCGUGGUGGGAUCGGCGGCGACGGUGACUACGACGACGACGACGACGACGACCAUCUCGGCAGCGGCGUGUCCGGUAGCACGUUAGGAGGCGAGGACUCCAGCGAGCUCCAUGGCCAUGACGGCAUUCCCGGCGGAAGCGGCACCGGCACCGGCAGCAUCGGCAUCAACGGCAGUGCUGGUUUCAGCCCCGGCGGCGGAAGCGUACCCGGCAACGAUGACACGCGAGAGGGCGGCAGCGGCAGUGGAAUCAGCGGCAACACCAACACCAAUGCCAUCAACAGCAACGAUGAUGAUGUCAACCCCGCCGCCGCCGGCCUCCUCCCCGACCCAUCUUCAACGAGCACUCCCCCGCUCAACCCCAUCUCCCGCGGCCCCAAGACGGCCAUCGCAUCAUCAUACAUGGCGGCCCUCUUCGCCGCCACAGCGGCAGUGGCCCUCGCCGCAUUCUAA